GUUUUAGCUGUACUGUAUCUUAUAGUUUUAGUAAGAUAAAAAAUAUUUAAUUUAUUAAGGAUCCAGUCCUUAAACUUUGUUAAUUUAAGUGAGAAAAAGUCCAAGAAACACCCGAAAGUAUUUGUAAAUUGAAAUGUACAUGUAAUAAUAGAUGGAAAGUGAAUAUAAUGCAAAUUCUUCAUUUUACCUCAGUUUUCUGAGCAGAUACGUUGAUGACGUUAAUUUUACACUAUGGCUCCACCGAACAGUCGUAUAUCCACUCAUAGUGACAUUUUUGCUUCCAUUUGUGUUCGUCUUCUUGAUUUACUUCUCAAGCAUUUCUCUCUAUAUUUUUAAAUUUCACAGUUGGCUUCUACUCAAAGAGAUUAAAGCUGAUGAUGUUAAGUUCUGGAAAGUCGCGAUAAAAUUUAUCGCAGCUGUUUGGGACGCUCACGCAACGCUAUAUCAUGGCUAUGAAAUUUGUGGAUUAGAGCAUCUACCGAAAGAUUCAAAUGGUUUACUAAUCUACUAUCAUGGAGCUAUACCGAUUGACAUGUAUUACUUUGUGGCAAAAAUAUACUUAAAGUAUGAUCGACUUAUUUAUACUGUAGGAGAUAGAUUUCUAUUUAAGUUGCCGGGGUGGAAGAUAAUUGCACAGGCGUUGAAAGUUUCACCUGGCACGAUCAACUCUUGUACAGACACUUUAAAGAAUGGGAAUUUACUUGCUAUAUCACCAGGUGGCGUUUAUGAAGCGCAAUUUGGGAACCACUACUACGAACUUUUAUGGCAACAGCGUCUAGGCUUUGCAAAAGUAGCUAUGGAGAGUAAAGCUCCGAUUAUUCCAAUGUUUACCGAGAAUUUGAGGGAAGGAUUUCGAAAUAUUGGGCUUGGACGACGAUUCUUUAUUAAAAUGUAUAAUUUAACUCGUAUACCUUUUCGUCCAAUUUAUGGCGUUCCAUUCGUUAAGUUACGUACUCACUUGGGUCCACCUAUCUAUGUUGAAGAAGGCGAUACACCCAAAAAGAUACAAGAAAAGACAGCCGCUGCAAUAGAGAAACUUAUUGUUGAAAAUCAAAGAAUUCCGGGAUCUAUUGUCGGUGGUAUUUUAGACAGAAUUUUUGAGAAACGUAAGAUUGAUAUAGUCGUUAAUUCAGCAAGACAAAAGAAAUUUAUGAAUAAUAAAGAUUUAUAAGAGCAAGCAAACAAAAAAAUGGUACUGAAAAAUCAAUGGAACAAUUUUUUGUUGUUUAUUG